AACAACAACAACAACAACAACAAAGAAUAAAUACCCCCACUCUCUCUCUCUCUCCCUCUCUCUCUCCUCAGCCAGGCAACCCCACCAUUGACGCAGUUCACCAGCUUGAUGUCAAACCACAAGAGAUCAUAGAUAUCCAAAACCUCCCCAAAAAUAUUCCAAACCUCACUAAACCCAACCAAGUAAUAAUAUGGUACCUCUCUUUCCAAGCAAAUGAAAGACUCCACCAAACCUUCCUUUCCUUUGAGUAAUUCUAAAUCCUUCUUCUCCUUCCUCCCUCUCUACCCAAUUCCCAAUUUCGAGAAACAAAAACAGAAAACACCCACAUGGAAAAAACCCACUCUGUUUCCACAACAAUCCUCUCUGUCAUCAUCACGUCCCUUGGAAUCGUUUCCUUUUCGCUCUGCGUCGCUUCUGAAUUCCAAAGAACAAAGUGGGAGGAUCUCAAGUGGGAUGGGAAAUUGUGUUAUUUGCCAAAGAGUCGCGCAUUUAGAUUCGGAAUUGUGGCUUUGAUCUGUCUUUGCGCGGCCCAGAUCAUCGGAAGCUUGAUUGUUUGUAGAAAUUUCUGUUCAAGAGAGAAGAGAAUUACCAGCUGCGAUGCUAGAAAACCCACCAUUGGUAGCAUUUUUCUGUUCCUUUCAUGGAUCAGCUUUGGGAUUGCCAUCACAUUUAUAAGCGUAGCCACAAGCAUGAAUAAAAGGCAGCCCUACGGCAAAGGAUGGUUAGACGGCGAGUGUUACGUAGUCAAAGAUGGCGUGUAUUUAGGGGCAGCAUUUCUGGUUUUGAUAAAUGUAGGCUCCACGCUUGCUUCGGCUAUCCUAACAAGAAGGAAGAGAGAAGUUGAUCAGGCUAAAAAAGUUUAUGCACAACUUUGAUGAAUAAA